CGCAUCCCUCACAGCUCUUAUAACAUCCCAUCUCCCAAGUCGCCAAAUAGAAGCCCUCCCACCAAACCCUUUUCAUCCAUCUCUACCUCGACACCAACCUCAUCAACCUCUGUGCCCCCCCGGACAUAAACAAACCAGCCUUCCAGCAACUAACAACUCCACCACAUAAUCAGCCUUCUAAUAAAUAGCCAUGGCAUCCCUAGAAGACCUUGACGACCUCGAGAGAGAGAGAGACCAGGACAAGAAGGCAGCAAAGGAUAAAGGGGGCCCUGAUGGUGAUGCGAAGUUGUCAGUCGAUGGCGAUAGGGACGACGAUGAAAUCGACCCAGAGGUCUUGAAUGGGUCUACCACAGACAUUAUCUAUCGAAAGCGCCUCCUAGAGAACGACCUCCGGGUUAUGAGACAGGAGUUUCAGAGACUCACGCACGAAAAGAGUAAUACUAAGGAGAAGAUAAAGGAUAACUUGGACAAGAUUGAGAAUAACCGACAGCUACCGUACUUAGUAGGCAACGUCGUCGAGCUCUUAGAUAUGGACCCAACUGCGGAGGCAGCUGAGGAUGGAGCGAAUGUGGACCUUGAUGCAACACGGGCCGGCAAGUCCGCUGUUAUCAAGACUUCUACCCGGCAGACCAUCUUCUUACCUCUAAUCGGCCUUGUGGAUCCUGAGAAGCUUAGCCCGGGUGAUCUGAUCGGGGUCAAUAAGGACAGUUACCUAGUUUUAGACACCCUACCAGCGGAAUACGAUUCGAGAGUGAAAGCGAUGGAAGUUGACGAGAAGCCUACAGAAACGUACGGUGACAUUGGCGGAUUAGACAAGCAGAUUGGAGAAUUAGUGGAAGCUGUGGUCAUGCCUAUGGAGGAGGCAGAGCGCUUUAAGAGGAUUGGAAUCAAGCCACCCAAGGGAGCACUAAUGUACGGCCCCCCUGGAACCGGUAAAACUCUCCUCGCGCGAGCCUGUGCCGCCCAGUCCAAAGCCACCUUUUUAAAAAUUGCUGGCCCGCAACUAGUCCAGAUGUUUAUCGGCGACGGCGCGAAGCUCGUCCGGGACGCCUUCGCCCUAGCCAAGGAAAAAGCCCCCACAAUAAUCUUCAUCGACGAGCUGGACGCAGUGGGCACUAAGCGCUUCGACAGCGAAAAGUCCGGCGACCGCGAAGUCCAGCGCACAAUGUUAGAGUUGCUCAAUCAGCUAGACGGCUUCUCGUCCGAUGACCGCGUCAAGGUCCUCGCUGCUACCAACCGUGUAGACGUGCUCGACCCCGCACUUCUCAGAUCCGGUCGUCUCGAUCGCAAAAUUGAGUUUCCGCUCCCGAACGAGGAGGCCCGCGCUGGCAUUCUUAAAAUUCACAGCAGGAAAAUGACGGUUGAGGAGGGUGUCAAUUGGACGGAACUUGCUCGCAGUACUGACGAGUUUGGCGGCGCCCAACUGAAGGCUGUAUGCGUUGAGGCAGGUAUGAUCGCGCUCAGGAGCGGGAGGACCAAGGUCUCGCAUGAGCACUAUGUGGAUGCGAUUGCGGAGGUGCAGGCUAAGAAGAAGGAUACUGUUAACUUUUAUGCAUAGAGACAGCGAAUGGACGGAUGGAUUGAUGGAGAAACUUCUUUCUUUAUCCUACCUGCACUGUGUCACUUCCUUGUAACCUCUCACCACCACACUCCUAGACAAAAUGAUAUUCUUCCACUGCG